AUGUCCACCGCACCACUUGAUCUCAGCAAGCCUAAUCGACCCAUCGAGGUUGGAGUUCUCCUAAUGGGAGGCACAACUGAGAUCCUAGACGUUGCCCCAAUCGAUAUGCUGUACUCAUUGUCCCAUCAGUGCUUGGACGAUUGGGAUGAGAAGUUCAUUGACCCGAAACUCAAGGCCCAGGCACUUGACAUGAACUUUCAUUGGGUCAGCGAGAAAAAGGUCCCGACCAAGCUGACUGGAGGUCUUAACAUCACUCCAACGGAUGACUUUACAACUUCUCCACCCCUGGACAUCGUCAUCAUGGGCGCCCAUGACUUUAAAUACACGCCCAACGAGACGGAACUAGCAUACAUCCGCAAAUCCUAUGAAGGCAGCAGCGCUUUCAUUGCCAUUUGCGGCGGCAUCCAAGCACCCCUGCAAGCGGGUAUUCUCAAAGGUCUAUCUGCAACGGCUCCCCGACCACUUCUCCCGAUCGCGAAGCAGUUAUCCCAAGACACCGAGUGGCACGAGAAGCGAUGGCACCAAGAUGGAAAAAUGUGGACUAGUGGCACUUUGCUCAACGGCAAUGAUCUAAUGGCAGCCUUUGCGCAAAAAUAUUGGGGAGGCGAUGAGUCUUUGGCCCAAUGGAUGGUUCUUACUGGUCAUUGGCCACAACGUGAUGUCAACUACAAGGACGCCGUUUCGCCUCUCUAG